UCGGAAGUGAACACAUCUUUUAAAUUUGCUCAAGUUCAAGAACCCAGUUUGUUUACACGUUUCCAGAAUUAUUUGUUCUAGUUUGGAGCUGAAAAGUGAUAGUUCUAUCAUCUCCAUUCAUAUGCAAUUGAUAUCAAUUCAAUAAGUGCAAAGUGAAGUUGCGUUCCAAAAGUGGUCACUCAAACUGCUACAAGCAGGCAAGCAGAAAUGUUGAAAUCAGAGGAAAAUGGAACGACUCCAACGGUGGCUGUUGUCAACGGUCAACAAUCCGCGACCACGAGUUUUCUUCAGCUCGCCAUGACGGCUUUACGGCUUUCGACGUCGACUCUGACGGCCCCCCCAAGCAGUGAUGGCAACAACAACAGUCUGCGGCUGCGUAAACAGAUCACCCUAGACGAGGUGUCUUAUCAUGAUACGUUCAACGAUUGCUGGAUUGUGCUUUAUGACCGGGUGUACGACAUCACGAACUUUCUGAAGCUGCAUCCCGGCGGUUAUGACGUGCUACUUGAGCAGGCAGGCCGUGAUGCCACAAUCGCUUUCAUCGGGACAGGUCACUCGAAAGCAGCCAUUGCAUCGUUGACUAUGUACGAGAUCGGAGAGCUUCCGCCGCAUGAACGCCUCUAUAGAUGCGUUGGAAAGCUCAGUGCUUCCAUUCUUCCGGACUAGAUUCCAGUACAAGAUACAACCAGACACUGAUCGACUAGUACAACUCGAUUAGUGCAUUAAUAAUCCGAGACUGAUGAAAAUAUCGCUUUGACUAAGAAUCCUCAAUCAAAAAAUAUUCAUGCAAGCUCUGUAACGUAACAUAACAAUCGAAAGUAGGAAGGUAAUUCUUUUUUUUCACUAGCGUAAGCCGUAUGCAUCUACUGGAACUGUUUGUCAUUACAAAGCAGAAAAUAAGACGUUCCGCCUUUGCAAACGAAAAAUAUUUUAUCUCCGUUUUCUUGCAUCUCAUUCAGACGAGACAGACGACAAACAUAAAUCUUAACCUAGACUGCAGUUGUAAUCUGAUGAUGAACCUUUGAACAACGUGACAUGAAGCCAUGAAAGAACUUUGGCUGAAUCUGAACUUGGUGUUACAAAAUGUAGUAACGGGUUACAAUCGAUUGAUUGAUUUUAUUAUAUCAUUGAAAUGAACUACCUAAACUUUUAAGAUUCGAAACAUCUUUUCAGUGCAGUUUUCAUAGCAUUACAUUUGUGGACCAUGGUUUGGUUUUAGUGCAACAGUAUUUUUCAAAUGCGUCGCAAAAUCGGUACCCAUAGAAUACUAUCACAUGGUUUUUUUUGUCUUUUUAUAUGCCACCUACUUUUAAGUUUAUUUAUAUUAUAAAUUUAAUACUAUAUUA